AUGUUCGCCUAUAGACCUCAUGAAGCCUUUAAAGCCCUUAUACUGGUCCUUAUAUAUUUCUUUGGGCAACUCCUGCAGCUCCUGCGUGACCUUCGCGGCGAAGGCCUGGAGCAGCUGCUUGACGGAGGUGACGUAGUUGCGGCGGGCGGCGGUGGUGAGGGUGGAGAUGGCGGAGGAGACUUGAGAGUCGACGUAAUUGGUGAGGGAUUUGAUGGUAUGGUUACGCAUUAUGUCGGCGUCUCGUAA